AUGGAUUAUAAGUGCCUCAUCCAAAUAAAUGGCUUUUCGUCGCCCCCCCGAUGUAUCAUCUCUUCUCUCUUGAAUGUGGGGGGGUGGGAUGGCGUAGUGAAGGAUAAUAACGUUCAGGCCUGCUUAAAGAGCUCUGGAGAUGCACAAACCAAACGCUUCGCUGUUAUAGGCUUCCCUACAAUCCAUGGCAUUGGGUUCAAACAUGCUAGGUGUUGGGUCAGAUUUUGGCCAUGGAUCUACAACAUGCCACACCGAAGAUUUUCCAGCGAAAACACUCCGAAUCAAACUGAGAAUGCCCAAUUCAACGCUUCUGGCAACAAUUGCAACCUCAAAGGGUGGAGUGAAAAUGGGAUUGCACCCAUUCCUUGGUAUUUUUGCAAUCGAUGUGCCUGGAUGUCGCCCAAAUUUCGACUAGACAGGAGCCUAAGCAGCUUUUGCAAGCAGGACUCUUAUCUCCCGAGGCACCUGAUUCGCAACUCUAUGCCACCAAGUCGUUUCACAUCCACCCAUCCCCAGCGAAAACAUCUGGAGAUGUCUGUCAUAGCAUUUGUCUCCGCGAUUAUUGCGUACUUUCGGACAAAGCGUUUCGGAGACAACAAACCUUACCUCAGCUACUUCAGACGGCCUUUCAAGGGCUCGCAGGCCAUGCAGCUUACUUUUGAGCUUAAAUUUCCAGGUCCAAAGUACUUGGCUGUGGGUAGAAUCCCCAUAACUUUGGCGACCCUCCGCGGCCAGAAGGCACAAUUUCGCUUUAAUGCUCACAGAAAGUAUGGGGACAUUGUGCGCGUCGCUUCCAAUGAGCUUAGUUUCGCACAUGCUCAGGGAUGGCGUGAUAUCUACGGCACUCAGGCCAAACUCCAAAUGGCCAAACCUGCUAGCGGUAUAGAGGAGCAAGAAGGGGCCCAGUCUGUUGUCACCGCUGAAGGAGACACCCACAUGGUAAAGCGAUGGGCGAGGCUUGAAGGACAACCAGUUGCUUCAGGUGAUUGGUAUAACUUUACCACGUUUGAUGUGAUGAGCGACCUCGUCUUUGGCGAACCGAUCGGAAUGCUAUCCAAUUCUGAAUACGUACCUUGGGUUAGGUCCAUUCACGGGUUUCUGAAAGCGUUUGCUUUCAUAACAGUGCUAAAUGAAUACCGAUGGUUUCGAGUUCUUUGGGCAUUCUUUCCUUCGAAAAUCCUCAACUCUCUACGAGAAACUCAUUUCCUCUUCACCUCCCAAAAGGUGGAGCAUUACCUGCAACUUGACGAAAAAACCCGCGCGGGCAUGAUGGGACACCUCUUGGACGGAGGCAGCCGCAAGGGCCUCAAUUUGGGGGAACUCCACACAAACGCCCCCAUUCUCAUUUUCGGUGGCAGCGAGACUUCCGCCACCCAGCUCCGCUCCCUUAGUUUCCUGCUUUUCAAGAAUCCCGAAAAAUUAGGAAAAUUGAUAUCCGAAAUUCGGUCUGCGUAUACUUCAUCUGACCAAAUCACAUACGAUUCACUCCUGGAGCACACCUACCUCAAUGCCUGUAUCGAGGAAGGGCUGCGAUAUUAUCCGCCUUGUUCCAAUGGAUUGCCAAGAAUAGUUCCAAAAGGUGGUACAACUAUUUGCGGCGAGUUCGUUCCUGGCGGUACGAAUGUUUCUGUUGCAACAUAUGCACUCUUCCGCUCACCUAAAUACUUCAUCCAACCGGAUUCUUUCAUCCCGGAACGGUGGCUUCGCGAAUCCGAAGGAGGAAGUGCUGUCUUUGCAACGGAUCAAAAGGGAAUUGCCCUUCCGUUUAGCUAUGGCCCGCAUAAUUGCCCCGGCAAAAAGAUGGGCUACUUCGAACUGCGACUUAUUCUAGCCAAAGUUCUAUGGCACUUCAACUUGAAACUUCUGCCCGAAGAUGAUGGUGCAGAGGACUCCUGGGACAAUAUGCGGAAUUAUCAAACAUGGUCGAGACGUCCGCUUAAGGUAUCAGCAAAGCCCGUCAGGAGAUGA